AUGUCGUUCCAGCUCGCCAAGCUCAAGUUUGCCGAGAUUAGCCAGCGCCAGAUCUGGCAGGCGAACAACAACAACCACCCGCCGUACUCGUUCAUUCUCAGCGUCGACCGCGAGCUGCGCAAGGCCAUGCUCGAGCUGCCUGCAUUCUUCCAGCCGGACAACAGCAACGGACCGACGUCGAACGAUCCGAAGGCGCUCGUCGAAUACUACGAGAAGAUCACACUCAGUCUUGCGAUCCACUCGCGUAUGCUGCGCCUCCACCGCCCGUGGCUGUCCAGGGGAUACGAGGAUGAGCGGUUCGCCUACUCGAAGGAGCAGUGCAUCCGCGCCGCCCGUGCUUCGCUGCGCAUGAUGUCUGAUAACAACGGUGUCGCGCCGUUCCUCGAGAAGUGGUGGAUUCCGCUGUUCUACGUCACGGUGUCGGGCAUGGUCGUCAUCAUCGACCUGCUCAAGACGGCGAAGCGCGAGAUGAAGAGCAAGGUGACGGAGGAGAAGAUUGCCGAGGUCAAGGGCGCCGUGGACCAGAUGCGCAAGGUUGCGCAGUCGUCCAUCCCCGCCCAGUCGGCAAUCAAGGUCAUGGACUUCCUCAUGGCCGAGGUCGAGGAGCGUCGCCGGCCAGGCCAGCACGGCGUCAAGCGCAAGAGCAUGCACGAGGCCGACGGCGACGACGAGGAGCACAACCUGCAGCGCGCUGUCAAGCGUCUUAUCCGCCAGGCGCAGCUUGAGGCGGACAGCCCAACAGGCUCGCAGCCCGGCAACAGCGCGUUCGUCUCGCCCGCAGCCGACCCGGGUGUCAUCACGCAGUCGCCCUCUGGCAACGACAGCACGCCGACGAACGAGAAGCCCGUCUUUGGCGCGUACCCCAUGCCUCCGCCGAACCUGACGCCGACGCAGAGCGUGGCAGGCGACAACCCUGUGCAGCAGCAGCAGCUGAUGAACCAGCAAGGCGGGUUCAACUUUGCGGGCCUGGACCCGGCAAACCUGGCUCAAUUCGCGCGUUUCGACAACAGGGCGCUGCAGCCCUCUCAGCCGCAGCUCGACCCCGCCGUCGAAUCAAUGCUAUCAGCCUACUUCCCGCCCCCGCAAAACCCGACGAACGGGACGAGCGAGCUGGGCCCCGCCGCGCAGAGCCAGGUGCCCGACGACUUCCUCAGCCGUGUCUUCUCGUUCUCGUGGGAUAACAACGGCAACGGUGGCGGCGGUAAUCAGCAGCAGAACCAGAACCAGAACCAGAACAACAAUGCUCCCGGAUCCAACAACCCGAGUAACACGAACACGCCCCAGAACGAGACGCCCAACGUGCCCCAGAACGUGAAUGGGCCCAGGCCGCCGCAGCGCCAGGACUCCGUUACUGUGCCCGGGUACGGUGCGUUUGACUGGAGCGGGCACUCGUGGAUGGCCUAA